AUGUCCCCCUCCUCCCCGAGCCAGAUGCCUCCGAAGACAGCGCCCGUGUCUCCUGCUCCGCCCGUCCCGCCGAGGAGACUCCGGGGUCGGGAUGGAGGUUCUGGCAGGACGCGUCGGGUCGGAGGAGCGGAGAGGCGAGUGAAGUGUGUCCUGGUGGGAGACGGAGCUGUGGGCAAAACUAGUCUGGUGGUCAGCUACACCACCAACGGAUACCCCACCGAAUAUGUCCCCACUGCCUUUGACAACUUCUCGGCAGUGGUAUCAGUGGAUGGGCAGCCGGUCAAGCUUCAACUCUGUGACACAGCUGGGCAGGAUGAGUUUGACAGGCUGCGUCCGCUCUGUUAUACCAGCGCAGACGUCUUCCUGCUCUGCUUCAGCGUGGUCAACCCAGUGUCCUUCCAGAAUGUCCCUGAGAAGUGGAUCGCCGAGAUACGAAGACAUGCCCCUUUCGCACCGCUUGUCCUUGUUGGGACUCAGUGUGACCUCAGAGAAGAUGUCAAGAUUUUGAUAGACCUUGCUAAGUACAGAGAGAGACCCGUUGAUCCAGCGGAUGCUAGGGACUGUGCAGCUGAGAUCGGAGCUGUGGCCUACGUGGAGUGCUCGUCGCUAACCCAGAAGAACCUGAAAGAAGUGUUCGACACAGCCAUACUGGCCAGCCUGCAGAAUCACAGCUCCCAGAAGCGCCCGAGAGGGAAACAGAAACGUCGAACAAAGCAAAUGCAGACACCUGACAAGAUGAAGAGUUUGUCCAAAUCGUGGUGGAAAAGGUACUGCUGUGUGGCGUGA